AGUGUGUGGAGAGAGAGAGAACGUGACAGUCCAGAGCUGUGAGAGACCACCACACAGAACACAACAGAUUUAAUUAGAACAGGUUUGAGUAGUAGUGGUAGUAACCAGAGCAGACAGGGACCGGAGACGGCAGACAGGAACCAGAGACGGAAGACAGUAUCUGGAGAAAUGGCUUACUGUGGGUCAGCAACCCUCCUCCUGCCUCCAGUCAAGAGUGUGAUGGUCUACAGGAACGGGGACUCCUUCUACUCCGGCAGGAGGUUUGUGGUCAACCAUCGACAGGUGUCCACCAUGGAGGCGUUUCUCAAUGACGUGACCCACUGCAUUCAGGCUCCGCUGGCCGUGAGGACCCUGUACACCCCCCGGCAGGGUCACCGGGUCAGGGAGCUGCAUGACCUCCAGACCGGGGCCCAGUACGUGGCCGCAGGCUUCGAGAGGUUCAAGAAGCUUGAUUAUUUGAACACAGGGCUGAAGAAGCAGCCUGUACCCAUGGGAGAAGGAGCUCGGGCAAGAUUACUUCACAGACCGAAUGUGUCAGCAAAAUGGAGAAAGUAUAUUCCUCUACCCUGUAUCAUACAUGUUUUCCGCAACGAAGAUCUUCGCUGCUCGCCAUUCCGUUUCAUAAUUCCCAGGACCUGGCAGCACGACCUGGAUCAGAUCCUCGGUCUAGUCACAGAGAAGGCCAGUUUACGCACUGGAGCAGUGCGCAGGUUGUGCACUCUAGAGGGAGUAACUGUGUCCAGUGCAGACGAGCUGGUGAGUGGCCAGUUCUAUGUGGCUGUGGGAGCAGAGAGGUUCAAGAAGCUUCCCUACGUGGAACUGUUGGUUCCUAAAGCCUCUGAGAGAAAUUACCCUGGAAAUAGAAGACUGUCAAGGAGAUAUAAGGGCAGGAAGGCAGCCAGUGGCCCUGAGGACAGUUACAGUGACUCUGCUCUCCUGGACUCUCCAGAGUCGGAUGGGCGGAGGGUGAAGUCCACUGGGGAUGAGGUGGGGGAGACGGCUCUCCCAUCCAUCCAGAGGAGACCAGUGAAGGAGGAGAGCUCUAUCUUCUACGCCAAACCAGUGAAAGUCAGAGUGAGGAACAGAGGCCAUCCCAGGCCUCCACUAAGGACUGGACCAGCCCAGGCCAGUGUGUUUAGAGCUGUACAGAAGAAGAGAGAGGAGGUGCAGGGGGCUGAGGAGGUGCUGGAGGAUGAGAACACAGCAGUAGAUGUUCCCGUUGACCAGAGAGUGGCAGAGACAGUAGAGGACGAGGACCUUAUUGGGAGAAAUCCUCCUCAUUACAACAGCCAAGAUCAGAUUUUGACCAAGGCUACAAAAGAUCCCCUUCCUCACCCAGAACACCCACACAAGUUGGAAUCAUCGACUGAGAAAGACAGGAACUCACCUGAAAAUACCAGCUCUUCCAUCUGCAAAGAGGAUGACAUUGAUGGGAGCCCUACGCUUGAUACAGAAAUGCCACAGGCCAACACAUCCCUGGGGCUCUAUGAAAUGAACUCUACCGCAGGUCCAUCUGUCCACAAAAAAGAAGACGCUGCCUUAGAGAGUUGUGUGUCUGCUACUGAUACACCAGAGGAGCCGAAGACGGAGCCAAAGCCAACCACUCCACACUCAAGGGCUUCUUCGUCAUCUACAUCCUCCGCAUCUCAAAGUUCUCCGACAAGCGGGGGUAUCCAGGGAAACCGUUCAAGUAUUUGAUCAGGCUCGAUUGAAUAGGGAAUCCUCAUACCCUCCACCAGACACCGUAAUGAAGCAGUCCAGUCGCUCCACCAGACACCGUAAUGAAGCAGUCCAGUCGCUCCACCAGACACCGUAAUGAAGCAGUCCAGUCCCUCCACCAGACACCGUAAUGAAGCAGUCCAGUCCCUCCACCAGACACCGUAAUGAAGCAGUCCAGUCGCUCCACCAGACACCGUAAUGAAGCAGUCCAGUCCCUCCACCAGACACCGUAAUGAAGCAGUCCAGUCCCUCCACCAGACACCGUAAUGAAGCAGUCCAGUCCCUCCACCAGACACCGUAAUGAAGCAGUCCUCAUACCCUCCACCAGACACCGUAAUGAAGCAGUCCUCAUACCCUCCACCAGACACCGUAAUGAAGCAGUCCAGUCCCUCCACCAGACACCGUAAUGAAGCAGUCCAGUCCCUCCACCAGACACCGUAAUGAAGCAGUCCUCAUACCCUCCACCAGACACCGUAAUGAAGCAGUCCAGUCCCUCCACCAGACACCGUAAUGAAGCAGUCCAGUCCCUCCACCAGACACCGUAAUGAAGCAGUCCUCAUACCCUCCACCAGACACCGUAAUGAAGCAGUCCAGUCCCUCCACCAGACACCGUAAUGAAGCAGUCCAGUCCCUCCAGAAGACAUCGUAAUGAAGCAGUCCUCAUACCCUCCACCAGACACCGUAAUGAAGCAGUCCUCAUACCCUCCACCAGACACCGUAAUGAAGCAGUCCUCAUACCCUCCACCAGACACCGUAAUGAAGCAGUCCAGUCCCUCCACCAGACACCGUAAUGAAGCAGUCCAGUCCCUCCACCAGACACCAUAAUGAAGCAGUCCUCAUACCCUCCACCAGACACCGUAAUGAAGCAGUCCUCAUACCCUCCACCAGACACCGUAAUGAAGCAGUCCGGUCCCUUCACCAGACACUGUAAUGAAGCAGUCCGGUCCCUUCACCAGACACCGUAAUGAAGCAGUCCUCAUACCCUCCACCAGACACCGUAAUGAAGCAGUCCUCAUACCCUCCACCAGACACCGUAAUGAAGCAGUCCUCAUACCCUCCACCAGACACCGUAAUGAAGCAGUCCAGUCCCUCCACCAGACACCGUAAUGAAGCAGUCCAGUCCCUCCAGAAGACAUCGUAAUGAAGCAGUCCUCAUACCCUCCACCAGACACCGUAAUGAAGCAGUCCGGUCCCUCCACCAGACACCGUAAUGAAGCAGUCCUCAUACCCUCCACCAGACACCGUAAUGAAGCAGUCCUCAUACCCUCCACCAGACACCGUAAUGAAGCAGUCCGGUCCCUCCACCAGACACCAUAAUGAAGCAGUCCUCAUACCCUCCACUAGACACCGUAAUGAAGCAGUCCUCAUACCCUCCACCAGACACCGUAAUGAAGCAGUCCGGUCCCUUCACCAGACACCGUAAUGAAGCAGUCCUCAUACCCUCCACUAGACACCGUAAUGAAGCAGUCCUCAUACCCUCCACCAGACACCGUAAUGAAGCAGUCCGGUCCCUUCACCAGACACCGUAAUGAAGCAGUCCGGUCCCUUCACCAGACACCGUAAUGAAGCAGUCCGGUUCUCAGAAUGGGCCUGUGGCUUAUGAGGAGAGCGGAGGAGAGUAACAAGAUCAUUGUUUCUGUAAUCUACCGUCUAUUGUUUUCAUUAGUAAACUGAAAAUCCAAAAUGCAAAUGUAUUCUUUAUGAUAUUGACAUAUUUUACAGGAAAUACUGUGGUACAGUAAUCAGGUAAUCUAUGUAAUGUUUAUUUAAAAAUGUAUAUUCAUGACGCACAAUGCUUUUACUUUGAUGGAAAGCGGCAAACAUAUUGUAAACAGGAAGAAGUAUUUUUGAGACAAUAAGAGAACAAGUAGGAUAGGGUUCUGUAUUAUUCCGUUAUAGAACACAUACAAUGAAUGUAAAGUAUUCUGUUUUAUCAAAAUAUACUUUAAUAUCUAAUGGAAAUAUACAAUAUGAAAUACUUCAUAUCUUACAAAAAAACUACCGCAAUGUCCUCUGUGGUUGUACAGUACAAGCAUUUUGACUCAAAUAAUUCAUAUGCUAUUAUUUCUGAAUAAAACGUGCAAUACAA